AUGAGUGAUUUCAAAGCUAUUGGCAAGGCUUUCAUCGAUUAUUAUUAUAGCAAAUUCGAUGCAGGUCCACGUGAAGGCGUCGCAGCACUCUAUGAACCAACAAAUGGCAUGAUGAGCUUCAACAAUGCAGAUUUUGCCAAAGGUGCGCAAGAUAUCGCCGAAAAAUUGCGUUCAUUGACAUUUCAAACCAUCAGUCAUACCGUCUCAACCAUGGACAUUCAGCCAACAUAUGAUAAUUGCAUUCUAAUCGUCGUUACCGGUGCAUUGAAAGCAGAUAAUGAUCCACCAAUGCAAUUCACUGAAACGUUUCUACUACGUUUUAUCAAUAAUUCAUGGCUUGUAAUCAACAACGUUUUUCGACUUAUUCUUCACGGUUGA